AUGGAAAUGAUCGAGCGAGGAGAAUAUGCAGACUACGUCAACUACCGUAAUGCUCUGCGCUCGUCAUCACGAACGAUGCAUCUGAUUAAGGUGAUUGACUAUGGGGACCACGUUUACACCACUAACAUCACCAUCGGCACACCAGCGCAGCAGUUUGCCGUCGUCGUUGACACAGGAUCGGCUUUCUUAUGGAUUCCUGGGAAUGACUUUUGCAAUAGUGAAAAGAUUUUUGAGCCUUUUAUUUUGAUAUUACAAACAAGAAGAAUUGUAAAACCAGUUUUACUCAACGAAUCAAUGAAAACUUUCAGUGCCUCGUGUGGUGCAGGGCACAAGUUUAAAUCGGAAUCAUCGAGCACUUUUAUGGGGAGCGACAGGAACUGGACAAUGAAAUACGGGACCGGGAAGGCAGAAGGGGUUCUUGGAACAGACAUCGUGAAGGAUGGUGUCAUAGCUUCGCAAUGUGAUGGGAUUCUUGGACUCGGUCUCGCUCUCCCCAUACUCAAGGUUGCGCCGGUGCUUAUUAACGCAAUCAACCAGAAGUUGCUUGAUAAGCCAGUGUUCACUAUUUGGCUGCAGCACCAAGGAACGCAAGCAGGAUCAUCUGGUGGUCUGAUAACCUACGGUGCAGUUGACGAUAAAAAUUGUGGGCCAGUCAUCGCUUACGAGCCUCUGAUAUCUUGGACUCAUUAUGUGUUCAAGGUUAUAACUUCAGGAAGUUGCUCGUAUCCCAAAGAAUACCAUGCCGCUUCCGACACCGGUGCAACGUUCAUUGGCGGGCCAAAAGUUAUCAUUGAUCAACUCGCUAAAGUUGUUGGAGCCACGGAUCUAUACCCUAUAGAAUGUGAUGCCACGCCGCCCGCCCUCGAUAUUACUAUUGGAGCGAACAAAUAUCUUAUCCACCAUGUCAACUACAUUGUCAAGAUCGGACACAACAGAUGCUUUUUUGCACUCUUUCCUUUCGAAUCUGGUGGCUUUGGACCGGACUGGAUUCUCGGCGGUCCUUUCAUGCGCCAAUUCUGCAACAUUUUUGACAUCGGACAACAGCGCAUGGGAUUCGCACCGUCACUUUAA